UAGUAAACGCCGUAUUUCGUUGAAAUUGGUGUUUUUGUCCAAAAUUAAACUAAAAUACUGUAAAAUAAACAAUAUUUAGUCAAUAUUUUAAGUAUAACCUAUACGUAAUCUCCUAACGCAUAAGUAGUUUUAGUUUUCUGUAUAUUAAAAUGAGUACUGGUCAAGAAGAAAUGCCUCCAGCGAAGCCGGAUGAUGAUGCAGAGACAAAAUCUUCAAAUGAAGCUGCUAAAAUACCAUCUACUGAUGAAGUGGAUCAUUCUAAAGACCCAUCCUUAGAAAAAAACGUUUUGAAACCUCUUGAAGAUGCGAAUAAAAACACAGAUUCUGGCUUCAAAGAUCUGGGUUCUGAAUCUACUGAAAAGAAAUCGAGUUCGGAUAAUACAGACGAUAAUAGUGAGUUUGAGUUGAAGUGGGAUGACGAUGAAUCCAAUGAACAAAGUGUUGGACCCUCAGAGAAGGUACAAGCUGGUGAGAACGAUAAAACUAAGGCAGACGUAGACGGUACAACACUUAGUGGCACUGAUAUCAUCGAUGAAAAUAAACUGCUUGAGAGCUCAACGUCAAACAAUGAAGAAACCGCUAAGACUUCACUGUCAAACAGUACUGAAGAAAAAACUGCAAUUACUGAUGAUGUUGGUGAGAUAGUUGAUGAAAAUAAACUACUCGAAGGCCCGGAAUCCGAUGAAGUUGAUGAAGAGAAAUUGCUGCUCGAAUCUGAUGAUAAUAGAGAUGAUUCUCCUUCAAAGGAUAUACGAAUAGAAGAGUCCGUUAAAACUGAUAUCCCUAAAACUAACGAGAAAUUAUUAACUUCUACAGAACCUGACGUUCCUCCUUUAGAUCAAGCAUCUAACGCUGCAACUGAAAAUGUAACUUCCGACUCAGACUUUCAAGAUGCCAAAUCCAAAGAUCCUUUGAGUAAUGAAGAGCUAAAAGUAGAUCCGUCAAAGAUAUUUGCCUGCGAGACCAUCACUAAGUUAAUAAACGAACAUACAUCACCGAUUGAUAGUCCAACGCCAUCCUCCAGUUCUAAUAACAGCUCCUCUAUAGACACAACAGACGAUAUCAACACCGAACAUGGAUUAAAUAAACCGGAUAUGAUGCUAGAGAUACCGACUCAAGAGAUCAUUGAACUUUUUGACGAGACAGAUUCCAUUUCUACUCAAAAUGAUGAUGAGAUGGAAGUUGACGAUGCCAGUCCUAAAACAGCUACUGUAGAUGAUAAAAAACCUGUAGCAGAAGAAAAGUCUGAUGUAUUAAUUCUAGAACCAUCUGACAUGUGUAAAGAUUUGGAUACUGAUAAUCAAAAAGGCUGUGAUGAGUUUAUCAUUAAAGAUGUAUCAGAAGACGAUUGGUGCGAAAUAGAAAGGAAAUUGGAAGGAUUUGAAGAUUCUUUUAAAGCUUCACAGCUAAACCAAAAGUCUAAAGAACCUGAAAAAGAUGAUGCCAAAGAAAGAGAGGGAAAAACAGAAGAGACUGAGAAUUUACCAUUGACAGAUGCUCAAAAGAUGGUAAUAGAAACUGAGAACAAAGCAUUGUUGAAAACGCUCCAGGAUUCUAUUCUAGACUCUACUGCCGAAUUGACUUCUGCUUCAAUGAACGUUGAUGAUGAUGAUGAGUCAACAAGCCAUCUUGAAGAUGAACUUUUAACAGAAUCUCCAAAACCAGCCCAAGAUAUUGAUACAGCAGUAAAAGAACUGGAAGAUGCAGUGAAAGAACCAGAAAAUGCUGUGGUAUCAGAAACAGUAUCACAAUCUGCACCAAAUACAACUCAAGAAGACAUAAUAAACAGUGGAAAAGAAAUUAAUGCAGACUCAAAUUUAGAUAACCAGAAACUGGAUAGUAAGGCAGAUAAUAUACCUUCAGAAGUAACACAGGAGAUUCAAUCAGAAUCAAAAACGACACAGCCUAAUAUUGCCUCACCUAAAACUGAUCAGCCUUCGAAUAAAGAUACAAUAGAACUAGCAAAUGAAACUAAAAUUGAUGACAAAUUACCUACAUCAAACAUUGAAGAUACCUCAGAAAGUUUAAUUAAACAAUCAUCUACAGAUGUGGCACUACCACUAGCAGAGCCUACCAAAACAUGUUCACCAGCAGACCUAAAUGAUGAUGAGGUUUCAUCAACACAAGAACCUGUUAAAACUAUAUUACCAUCCAAGUUAAGUGAUAAUGUUGACACUUCUAUACCUAUAGAAGAAGAAAAAGAUACUUCUACAAUAAAACCAGUAGAUAUUCAAGUGGCAGAUAAGAUAGAAGUUGAUGUUAAUCCUUCAGGAUCUAAGUUACCCAUGGAACUUGAAGCUAAAAUUCAAGAUGCUACUGUUCCACCAUCGACAGCCAAGCCAAAUGAAAUUGAAGAUACUCCAUCAACUGCUGAAAACACUGAAAAGGAUUCUAAACUUAAGGAUUCAGAAGAACUAGUCAAACCAACUACAGUAGACGACAAUACUUCAACAAUUGAUGAUAAGACUUCAACAACUGAUGAAAAGACUUCAACUACUGAUGAUAAGGCUUCAUCAACAAAUGAUGCCAAGAUUUCAACAGUAGAAGCAGAACCAACAAAAGUGGUUGUAUCACCAGAAGGGUCAGAAGUCACUAAAGCACAACCAUCUCUUGUCACAAUGGACGUAGAAUCAACAAAUGAGGAUCAAACAAAAACUAUUGAGCAAUCCCCAACCCCACCAAAAGACAGUGAAGGAUCCAAAAUGCCUGAUGAAAAUGCCCAGCAAUCAAUGGAAAUUCAUCAGUCAACAGAAGUUCAAGUUCCUCUAACAACAACUAAUGCCUCUUCAACUGAAGAAUCUGCAGAAAAGACAGUCAAAGAAUCAGCGAUGGAAGUUGAUUCAAUAACAUCAGUAGUUGAAACCCCAGCAAUUGCAAAAGACAAUGAACUGUCCAAUUCAAAGCCAGAGUCUACUGUUGAUAAUAUUGAAUCAUCUUCAAAGGUACUUCAACCAUCAACUUCUGCAAAUCUUGAAUUAUCACCAAAGGAACCCCAAUCAUCAACUUCUGAUGUAGCUCCAACAUCUAAACAUGAUGAUGAAACGCCUUCUACAUCAAAAACUGAUGAUGAAACGCCUUCUACGUCAAAAACUGAUGUUGAACCAUCAACAUCAGCAGAAAAUACAAAACCAGUAUCAGACCCGGAUUCCGAUGAAGUCACAGAAACAUCUGACAGUCUAGGCCUGUUGGCUGAGUCGUCACGGGUGAUGGAAGACGACGACGAUCAGGAUGACGACGACGACGCCGAUAACGAUGCUGAUGACGACGAUGAUUAUGAUCCAGAAGAUGAAAGCAGUAACCAAAUGACAGCAGAGCAUUCCGAAGAUUCGAACGCUCCCUUCUCGGAGACUGAAGCAAAGCAAGAUCCUUGCAUAGAAUCUCCUGGUGAAGAAAAGGUGGAGUUCAGUUUUGCCAUCAGCGAUGUGUUUAGCAAGCAAGAAAAGGAAAUCGAAGAGACAGAUGCUGUGCAAGAUCAGAUUGAGGAUCAGAUUCAGGAUGAUAUCGAAGUGACAGCAGAUGAAGUGGCUGUGGCAACCAUAGACGAUGUAGAGGCAACCAUAGACGAUGUAGAGGCAACCAUAGACGAUGUAGAGGCAACCAUAGACGAUGUAGAGGCAACCAUAGACGAUGUAGAAGCAACCAUAGACGAUGUGCAAGCUGCAGACGACACGAACAUAGAGCAAAAGGAAGAGGAUAAAGAUGAAUCCAACAAGCAAGCUGAUAUAGAAACAGUUAAACUGUCAGAUACGUCAGAUAACGAGGCCGAAAACGAGUCUAUGUUGAAGAAACUACUUGGUAAUGAUGAAAAAGAAGCUGCAAAAGAAGAAUUUGUCGAUAAAACAGAACAGAAGAAUGAAGAGCCAUCUGGAAGUGAUAUGAAUAUCGUUGAGUUGGAAGAAAGUUCUUCUGAGGAUGACAUACAAGAAGUGAAAAAGGCUUCCAAAUCAGAAAAAAGCACGCUCAUAACAGUAGACGGUUUAAACAUUACCAUACCAGGGUGCGUGGAAGUGAGCAAUGUGAAGGUCGCCCAUACACCAAACGUGGAGAAAGAAGCAGUGAUCCAGGGUACUGAUGAUAAGACAUCUGCAGAGAAGCCUAAACCAAAGUUCAGCCUGGAAAUUUUCAGUCUAGAUUCAGAUGAGGAAGACAGUGCACCAACCCCAGCCGUGGACCAAAAGCCCACAGAAGAUAAAAGCAUACCUAAAAAGUGCAUAAACAUGACUUGUACGUCCACAAGUAGUUCAUACUAUAAAGCCGACGCGUCGUGUGUUGCGUAUUACAAAGCACAGAAGAAGAAAAAAGCAUUGGUCUGUGCGCAGUGUGCUGACGUUGUUGUGAAACGGAAUGAGCGCCUAAUCCAAGGCAUCAAAGACCUAACUCCGCUCCUGAAUAUGGACACCAUAAAAGCAGCGGCAGACGUGGUGGAAUUAUCCGACUCAGAAUCUGAGGAUGAAGAUACUACUGAACCGGAGACUUUGGGCGAAACUGGUGCUAGUUUGGUAGAAGCCAGUCUAGCUCAACUGAUUAAUGCAACGUGGGACAAAUUCCGUAUGGAUUCGAGGUUGCACGAUGCUGAGGUAGAAAUGACUAAAGAAAUGGAGAAAUUGCAAGAGGAAGGCGACAAAAUCAAAGCAAUGCUGAACGAAUGCCAAGUAGCCACGGACAAAUUGAGGAACGAUUUGUACGCUACUUUUGAGUACCAGAGACGUGAGAGAGACGCCAUCAUAAUAUGCGACACUCCUCUAAGCAAAUACUCGUGUUUGGAGUAUGCAGUUCAUCAAAGCUCAGGGCAAGUCCCUAUGCCGGAGAAUAGGGUAAAGCGCCGUAUGUCGUCCGCCAACGAAGUGCCGGCCAAACGACCGGCCAUACCGCUCGGGUACUCGUCGCUAGAUGGUGACACUGCGCAGCCUCAAAUUCAGACCCAGACGCAGGAAAAUCCGCCAGCACCUACUAUAGAAACUACCAAACAAGAUGAUGAUAAAGACAUAGCGGUUCUGAAAGUAUCAGUGGAAGCAGCACCCUCAGACUUGCCUCCCCCGGGAGAAUUAGUCCCGCCUCCCUUGAGAGCGGGACUUUGUGUGUAUGCGAUGCGAAAUUCCUUCGGCUGCUGGAUCAGGAGCAAAGUGUUGGAGGUCAACGGGAAGAGCUCGGUGGCUGGGAUGUCACAAUCGUUCACGAUGUGUCGUGUGAAGUACGACCACAAGCCAAAAGGCAGCAGUCGUCUGUUUCCAGCACGAUGUUUGGCUUAUAACGAGCCGGCGAAUGUCAGACUUACUAUAGGCACAAGAAUCAUCGCUCUCUUCAAAGACGCGCAGAAUCCGCUGAAAAAGGACGCCUUCUACUCCGGAAUCAUUGCAGAGGUUCCCAACCCGGUCAACAACUACAGAUACCUGGUAUUCUUCGACGAUGGUUACGCUCAGUAUGUGCGUCAUCGAGACACGCGAGUCGUUUGUGAGAGUUCCGCGCUAGUGUGGGAGGAGGUGCAUCCAUUCUCGCGGGAGUUCGUGAAGGAAUACCUGAUAGCCUACCCUGAGAGGCCGAUGGUGCGGCUACACGCUGGACAGAGCUUGAAGACUGAGUGGAAUGGCAAAUGGUGGGCAUCCCGCGUGGUCCAAGUCGACGCGUCUCUGGUCCAAGUGCAUUUCGAAGAGGACAACCGAUCCGAAUGGAUCUACCGCGGGUCCACCAGGCUCGCACCACUGUUCUUGGCGCUGCAGAGGAAGCGAGCGCGACCCAUGCCUAGGACUAAGGCGCAGCCGCAGAUAAAUAUGCCGUACGUGGAGUAUACGAGGUCAGAAGAACAGAACAAGAACGAACCCGCACCGCCGGCGCCGGCGCCACCUAGCGAGAGGGAGAACCGUCAGCGAGCAGUGGCCAAGAAGUCCACAGCGUUACCGCCCGUGCCGCACGCGCCUGCGCCGCCGCCCGUCGCCGAUAGCGUCACCAGCAGAGUCGUGUACUACACGCCCAAAAAAGUGGUCACGCCUCUAAAGAUGAUCACUCACAACUGCGGAGCGCACUGUAAGAGGAAGGAUGUACUGGCGCUGAAGGAUCUGAGGACUUACAACCCGCUGGCGAAACCACUGCUUAGUGGCUGGGAGAGACAAAUCGUCCGCUACAAAGGUCACAAGGAAGUGAUGUACAAAGCGCCGUGCGGCCGCCGCUUGCGCAACAUGAGAGAGUUGCACAGAUAUCUCCGUCUCAUCGAGUCUGACAUGGCGGUGGACCUGUUUGACUUUACGCCACACACGCACUGUCUAGCUGAGUUCGUGUUGAACAAGUGCCUGGUUGGGAAGAAGGACCUAUCCCACGGCCGAGAAAACGUGCCAGUCCCAUGCGUGAACUACUACGACGAGUCGCUGCCGGAAUUCUGCUCGUACAACACGGAACGGACGCCCACUGCUGGGGUCCCACUGAAUCUGGACCCCGAGUUCCUGUGCGGGUGCGAUUGUACUGAUGAUUGCGAGGACAAGUCGAAGUGUGCUUGCUGGCAACUGACAUUAGAGGGAGCUCGUACCAUCGGGCUGGGCGGCCCACGCGUGGGAUACGAGUACAAGCGGCUGCCUGAACCGCUACCUUCAGGAAUAUAUGAAUGCAACUCUAGGUGCAAAUGUAAGCACACGUGUCUCAAUAGAGUGGCCCAACAUCCACUGCAAUUGAAGCUGCAGGUAUUCAAAACCCUGAACCGUGGGUGGGGCAUCCGAGCGCUCAAUGAUGUGCCCAAAGGAUCCUUCCUGUGCGUGUACGCAGGAAAUCUGCUCACAGACGCCACCGCUAAUAUGGACGGUCUCAAUGAAGGCGACGAGUACUUGGCUGAGUUGGACUACAUAGAAGUGGUGGAGGGAAUGAAGGAAGGGUACGAAGAGGAUAUACCGGAGGCCGACAAGCGCUUGGACAAGAAGAACGUGGCGAAAGACUCAGAAGAAUCUGAGAUGUCCAGCUCGGAGGAAGAAGACGAAACCCCGUCGAAGAACGAGCAAGAAGACGGCGACUUUUGUCCUGGAAUCAUCACGUCUGGGGUCACUAAGUUUAGCAAACGCCUGCGGAAGCGAGAAAAAAAUAAAAAGAAGAAAGAAGAGGAAGCUGCCAAGGAGAAAGAUAAGGAGAAAGAUGGAAAAUCCGAGUCGGACUUCAUCACCAUCAGCGAUGAUGAAGAAGUUCGUGAGCCAUCUCAUUUCAUGGCACAAGCCGGGAUGGGGAGAGAUUUCAUAUCAAAAUACAAAUCAGUUCGUUCGUACUUCGGCAAAGAUGAGGCUUGUUACAUUAUGGACGCCAAGGUUCAAGGCAAUAUUGGCAGAUAUCUUAAUCACUCCUGCCAGCCCAACGUAUUCGUGCAAAACGUAUUCGUAGACACACAUGACCCGCGUUUCCCAUGGGUGGCGUUCUUCGCUCUGUCCCACAUAAAGGCAGGUACGGAGCUCACUUGGAACUACAACUAUGACGUGGGUUCGGUGCCCGGUAAGGUCUUGUACUGUUACUGCGGCGCGACUAAUUGUAGGGGGCGUCUGUUGUAAGUCACGUGACUGAUACUAGCUUCGCAAUGUAGUCUUUGGUGUUUGCAGUUUUGUUAGAUGUCACGUUGAAAAUCAAGUGACAAAUACUAGGUCCAAAAUGUAGUAGGUUAAUACUGUAUCACCUUUUGUAGUUAUGAAUUUUGUAAGACAUGAUGAUAAUAUCAAUAUUAAGUGACAAAUACUAGGUCCUGAAAUCUACUAAGUUAAAUCUUAGGUUACUGUAUUACCUUUUGUGGUUAAUGACUUUGUAAGACGUCACUUGAUAAUAUCAAUCAUCAUCAUCUCAGCCAUAGGUCGUCCACUGCUGAACAUAGGCCUCCCCCAAUGCUUUCCAUGUUGCCCGGUUGGUAGCGGCCUGCGUCCAGCGCCUUCCUGCUACCUUUAUGAUAUCCGAAAUGUACUAGGUCGAUAUAGGUGGCAUAACGAAAGUUGAGGCGAACACGUACUCACACUGAUGUAAUAUUUGAAUACAGAACAGAAACAUUCAAGUUGUAAUAUCGACGACCACUAUCUCGUUCUUGUUAAAUACGUGCAAGCGAGACAGAAAGCACUUGUCAGUCCGACUACGCAAGUCGUCAAUACGACGAGCGUGUACAGAUACAAAACUUUGCUUGUGUUGAUCGUCUCAACUAUUAUUACGCGACCUAUACUGCAUGUCUUUGGUCGGAGAUUUGACACUAUCAAGUGACUAGCUUCGAAGAAUACUUCGAUAUUACUGUCCCUUUUCCGUCAUUUUAGUCAUUACCUUAUUACAAGAGACACUCUUGUUGAUAUUUCAUAUCAUGUGCUAGCUAAGUUUUUUUGUUGUGUUUAAAUGUAACAAAUACUAAGUUCUCAAAUUAGUUCUUUUAAGAUAUAAUUAAGGAACAAAUAAGUUCUACGAAGUAACGCCCGUAUUCACAAACAAUGCUUGCUUAAGUGAAGCAGCAAAUCGAACGCACAGCGUUGAAUAGAGCUCUGUGAUUGGUUCGUGUGUCACUCUGUGCGUCCACGCGCACUGUGAGACCUCAUAGUUUGUGAAUACGGGACCGUAAGUCUCAUGUAUUAUUAUGAAACCCAAUGUUAGAGGAAGAUCUGUUACUAUAGUAUCUGUGAAAUAUGUCAUUUAAUAUUGUAACAGUAGUGACUAACUAAAAACUAGAAGUAAUAGCCACGCUUAGCCGUAUCAUAAGUUUUAAGAUUAAAUAGCCAAUAUUGUCUGCUUCUUCUGCUUCGCCUUAUCCCGAUACGCGGGGUUGGCUUUCCCAGUCAUGCGCCACCAUUUGAUUCUGUCUUGAACGUCUUGUUGAAAAUAUUUGCCAAUGUUAGAAAUAUUCAAACACAGUGUUAUAAGUUUCAAAACAUCAAAAACUUAU